GCGCCGGGCCGUGUCGGCUACCGCGAGGACGAGAAUAUUUUCUUGCUUCUCGAUCAGAGGGAACCUCUGACGUAAAACCCACACUCGAGUAAACGGCGCAGGUUUUCAUCCGUGUCCUGUCGCUCACUCAGGCGCGCCGUGGACACCCCUCUCGGUCCUGAUGGCGGCCAAGAUGGCUGCCCCCGGGCUGCGCGCCGUGCGCCAGUGGUCGGGGCUGGCCCUGGGAGUGAGGUGUUGUGUCUGGAACCUUCCAGGGCUCGCGCAGGUGAGGUGGAGCCGCUACGCCCCCGAGUUCAGGGACCCCUUGACGGACAAGGAGUAUUACCGCAAGCCGGUGGCCGAGCUCACCGACCAGGAGAAGUAUGACCGCGAGCUCAAGAAGACCCAGCUCAUCAAGGCUGCGGCUGCGAGCGAAACUAGCUCGGUGUUCGCAGACCCUGUCAUCAGCAAGUUCACCAACAUGAUGAUGAAGGGAGGCAACAAAGUUCUGGCCCGAUCCCUCAUGGCCCAGACUCUGGAAGCUGUGAAAAGGAAGCAGUUUGAAAAAUACCGUGCUGCGUCAGCAGAGGAACAGGCCAGCAUUGAACGGAACCCCUACAGGAUCUUCCACGAGGCACUGAAGAACUGUGAGCCUGUGAUUGGGUUGGUGCCUAUCCUCAAAGGGGGCCAUUUUUACCAGGUCCCUGUGCCUCUAGCUGACCGACGCCGGCGCUUCCUGGCCAUGAAAUGGAUGAUCACAGAAUGCCGUGAGAACAAGCCGAGCCGGAUGCUGAUGCCAGAGAAGCUAUCACAUGAGCUGCUGGAGGCUUUUCAUAACCGGGGUCCCGUGAUCAAGAGGAAGCACAAUCUGCACAAGAUGGCAGAGGCCAACCGGGCCCUGGCCCACUACCGCUGGUGGUAGCGGGGAGAGGCGGCUCUGUGGGUGAAAGCCCUGCUCUUUCCGAGGACCUGGUUUGAUUGGCAGCACCCACACGGAGGCUCACCUGUAACUCCUGUGGAAGGUUUCCACACCUCCUGACUGCUGUGGGCACCAGGCACGCGCACGGUGUACAGACAUGUGCAAACAUCUAUAUAUACAGUACCACCAACAAACACUUGAGCUACUGUCCUGUUGGAAAGUUCUGGAAGGAAGUUAAGGACAGAGUGCUGCUGUACUGCAGUCUUCCAUCCUGCGAAGCUCUUUGAUUCUCCAUGCUGGCUAGAAGUUGGGUGGCUUCAGCUUGAACCAGUGAGACGCACUCAGAAGAGCGUGUGUUGUCCAGGAAUCCAAACUGGCUCUGCUCCACCCUGUGCCCUACAACAGAAAGUGUUUCCUUAGAAAUUUCCUCCAACAACCUCAGGUCCAACCUGGAUCAGGAUAAAGACCUUCGGGACUGGAGACAUGGCUCAGUGGUUAAGAACACUUGACUGUUCUUUCAGAGGUCCUGAGUUCAAUUCCCAGCAACCACAUGGUGGCUCACAACCAUCUGUGUGAGAUCUGAUGCCCUCUUCUGAUGUGUGUGAAGACAGCUGCAGUGUACUCAUGCAUAAAA